AUGGGAGACGAAGAUUCGAACAGAAGAUCCAGAUUAACAGUUUUACAGAAACUCUGGGCCGGAAUAAUUUUCGGGAUGCCUGGAGCCAUUAUUACAGCACCCUUUUACACAAGGGCUUUUGCUCCAGUAAGUUCUUAUCCUCGGGAACAGAUCCAAACAGCUGCCGGUCCCAUUUCGCAUACGAUCAUUCCAACAAUGUCUGAUUAUUUCUCAAACAAAGAAAGCAAGAGAAAAGAAUUCGAGCGAAAUUUCAAGCGCGCAUACGCCAUCGAAUACUACAACCAAGAGACCAGAGACAUGGAGAAAAAGUUCCGCUGGCGAAUGGAAAUGCUGACAAAGGAGCGAUUUCUGGACACUCAAAAUUUUGAGCAACUUCGAUUACCGAUCCUAAUGUGUCUUUUAUAUUCCGUACUUUGGGUAUUUAUCUACUCUAGAAUUUCAUCUAUGGUUACGAAGACUCAGAGUAAGAAUAUUCUUUUCAAGAGAGGACUCAGUCCUUCUGGCAAUCCUUUUUAUACAAGCAUUGGUUCUGCUAAACAGCAAUGGUUCAAAGCCUAUCGUUACAACAUUUUGGUAACAAAAGGAUUCGGGUUUAUGGUUGGUUUUUUCGUUGGAGUGUUAGUUGUAUUCCCUCCUUUUUAA